AUGCGGCUUUAUAUCACUUGUGUGAUCAUUGCCAUUCUGGCUACAUUGGUUGCUACAAGCCCUACACCACGCGUCUCGGAUGAGGUCGACGCCCUAGCCAACGAUGCCCUGGCCAACCUGAUUACCUAUGAACGGUCACAUAGAGUCUCGAACAAAAAAUGUACUCUUCAGAAUGCCGCUGUCCGGCGAGAGUGGGGCUCCCUGGGUUUGAUUGAGAGGAAAAAGUACACUGAUGCAAUGCUAUGCCUGAUGUCCAAACCACCAAAACUUGCAUCCAAAGACGCACCAGGUAUCCGCAACCGAUUCGACGAUUUUGUAUCUGUUCACAUAAGGCAGACUCCAACUAUCCACGCUACAGGCAACUUCUUAACCUGGCAUCGCUACUACACAUGGGCGUUUGAACAAGCUCUCCGCAACGAAUGCGGCUACGAUGGCCACCAGCCCUACUGGGGAUGGAAUAAAUACGCGCACGAUCCCAUUAACUCGCCUCUCUUCGACGGCUCUGACUAUAGUUUGUCGGGGAAUGGGGAGUAUGCUCCGCAUAAUGCAACCCCUGUGGCGCCCACCACCAACGUUCCACCGGGUCGGGGUGGGGGAUGUGUGACUACCGGGCCGUUCAAGAAUAUGUCGGUAAACCUCGGUCCAGUCGGUCAAACACUGAAAAUUCCCGACCUCAAGCCCCAAUCUGGGAAUGGACUCGACUAUAAUCCCCGCUGUCUCCGACGGGAUAUCUCAUCUUAUGUCUCCAUGAGAUGGACCAAAACCAGCGACGUCACUGGCCUGAUUAGAAACUACACAGAUAUUGGCUCCUUCCAAGACACAAUGCAGGGCAACCUCACAUCAGGCGAUAUUGGUGUCCAUGGUGGAGGCCAUUACACCAUUGGCGGCGAUCCGGGUGGUGACUUCUACGUCUCCCCCUCCGAACCAGCAUUCUACGUCCAUCACGCCAUGAUUGAUCGCGUCUUCUGGAUUUGGCAAAAUCGCGAUCCGGAAACAAGACGGUAUGCUGUUUCUGGGACUCUCACAAUGUUUAACGAUCCUCCCUCGAGGAAUACUACAUUGGAUGAUAUUGUUGAUUUGGGAGGACUGGUUGAACCGUAUAGGUUGGGGGAUUUGUUGGAUACGACUGGUGGCCCGUUUUGUUAUAUUUAUGCUUGA